UGCGGAGGCCGGCAGUCCGCGCGCGGAGCCCGACUCGGACGCACGCGUCGCUGGAGCCGUCAUGUCGCCGUAGGGGCGCCCCCAUGGUGUACCCGGAGGCGUCCCGAUGGGGCGCGCCCGACCGCGACCCAGGCCUCGCACCCCUCUACGAUGACGUCUACAGAGCGGAUGGCGUACUCUCGACAGUGAACGUGGUGGAAGCCCUGCAGGAGUUCUGGCAGAUGAAGGCGGCUCGGGGGGGCGGCGCGGCUGGCGGGGGAGGGGCGCUGGUCAUCUACGAGUCCGUCCCGGCCGCGCACCCCCCCUACGUGUGCUACGUCACGCUGCCGGGUGGAGCAUGCUUCGGCAGUUUUCAGAACUGUCCAACAAAAGCUGAAGCGCGGCGCAGUGCUGCCAAAAUAGCGCUGAUGAAUAGCGUGUUUAAUGAACACGAGUCCCGCAGGAUCUCAGAGCACUUCAUAGAGAAGGCCGUGGCUGAAGCGAGAGCCUCCUUCGCCGGAGACGCCGCCACACACCACCAGGACCCGAGCGCCGGCAUCGCUGCCUUUAGAUUUAUGCUAGAAGCAAACAAGGGGCGGACGAUGUUGGAAUUCCAAGAGCUGAUGACGGUGUUCCAGUUGCUGCACUGGAAUGGAUCCCUGCGUGCCAUGCGCGAGCGUCAGUGCUCACGGCAAGAGGUUGUCGCGCAUUACUCGGCGCGCGCGCUCGACGACGCAAUGCGCGAACAGAUGGCGCGCGAAUGGGCCGCGAGGGAGAGAGACGCGGCGACCAAUGGCGGCGGGGUCAUCCGCGGAGAGUUAGCCCGGGCGGAGAGAGAACUCCGCGCCGCUCGCCUCGCCGCGCGGGAGCUGCGGUUCCCGAAGGAGAAACGCGACAUCCUGCUCCAGGCGGCCAGGCUCGCCCCCCCGCAGCAGCAACAGUGAUCUCACCGCCAUGCUCACUUUGUUAUUUAAGUAUAGUUUUAGUGUAAAAGUGUUUUAUUUGCAUUCCUAUCGCCACCCAUUUACUAUUAACAUUAAAGAUAAUUGAUUUAAUCAA